UGCAAGGAGCCGCAGGCCAGCCUGUUGCGCACUUGGCGGCACACACAGACAGAGCGCACCAGAAGCUGCGUGGAUGGACAGUGCCUGUGAUGGACUUCCCUUAAUGACUUUUAUGGCUAAUUUAUGAUUGGAUUCCCACCUCGGGUCGACUUUUCUUCUCAAUUGACAGAGGCUCAUUACAGCGUGUCACCGCUGAGCGGAUACAGCCUUUAACGCAUCCCGGGAGCAGGGACAAAAAGGGAAUCUCGAGACUUUCGACAGCAGAGAGCAACAGAAGCAAAAGAGUCAUAAAAACCAGGAUCUGCUGCCGCUGGCAUGUUUCAGAGAUGCUCAACUAUUCAAUGAAGACCUGAAGUCCGUCAACCCAUGUGUGUCCCGCUAAGCACACACACUGAAGAGUUGCAGACACCAGUGUUAUAGGAGUGUGUGUGAGUGUGUGGCUGGCCAUUGUGUGUCGGUGUUCACACACUGUGCCGUGUUUAAAGCACUGUGGAGCCGAAGACUUCAGCCCAAGAGUAUGGUCCAACUGUCCACAUCAGUCUGCCUGCUGGGAGGCCUUCUAGGCCUGUUUCUGCUAGCACCUGUUCAGAUGGCCCCGACACCGGCUAGCAUGUGCACACCCUUGAGGACGCUCAACAACAGCCUCAGCCACAGGAGACGCUACAUGAAGCACAACUUCCCCAUCAACUACACCAUCAGGGUUCACCAACACGAAGUCUUUAAACUGUCAAACAUCAGCAGAAUGAGGUUACAGGUGGAGGGGUUGGAUGAGCUGGUUCUCCAGAGGUUGUGGUUCCAGGUCAACCAAGGCGUGUUAAAAAAGAUCCUCCGGGUUAUGCCAGAGAGACAUCCUUCGCGUCCAUACACGGCUGAGUUGGAAAUACGCUUCAGGGAUGCAGAGGGAGUCUUUGUACAUUCGCAUCCCACUGAGGUGUUCCAGCAGGAGCUUCCAGAGGUUAUCCAGGACACUUGGGAUGAUUUGACAGAAGAGCACGACAGAGUGCCAGAGUCCAGAUGGCGAUAUGCUUCCCCAAAAUCCCUCCUGGACAACUUCUGCCACACCAUGCACUGCCUCUUCAGCGAGUGCUUUGCCAGCAAAGAAGUGCAGCAGGACUACUGUAGUGUUUCGUAUUGGAGGAAGGGGAGGAAGAAAGACUUGGAGCCCAAAAGCUGAGAAGAAGACAGUGGGGUGAAGGUGUCCCUGUUGAUACUGAUAAGGAAUUGGUAUCAUGAUCUCCCUUGAGCUGCAGGGAGAGGCGUAAACGGACAAUUUGUAGGUACAGUAACAGUAUUCAUGGUGAUUUUAGGAGCAUAAGGACUUUCUGCUAAAAUUAAAUAAAGCUCAUUUGGGAGCUCCAUGUCCUCAGAUUCCCCAAUUCUCCAUCAGUCAGGAAGGCUGAGACUUCUUGAAAUCUCUUGAUGGCAUCUUAGAUCAAUGCUUUGAUACUUCAUGUUUUUGGAAGAGACUAAAUUGAUGUACGAUCAGUAUAUUAGAUAAAUUUCUUUUCUAAGGAAUUUUCUACACCGGGAGCGAGGACAUCACUGUGGCUUUGCCAAAUCUCUGCCCAGAAAGCCUGUGAUGUGCUCCAGUGGGCCUGCGUGGUUCACCUCAGAGACCAACCAGAUGCAGCGAGAGAGACUAUACAUUGGAUUAUUGUAUCGAGAAACUUCAGCUGACUUUGUACCAUAGCUACACCUCUCUCUCUCUCUUCCAUCAAUGCUCCUUUCAAACACCAAUGAGCUAGAGCGAGAGCAUUGUACAUGAACUGAACUUCAACCUUCAAGGCAAACUGAUAACUACUGUUUUUCUCUUCCCUCUUCAGUUGUUGUAUGCAUCUCUUACCCGCAGCCUGCAUUUAAAGUGUUAUUUUUAUAACUUAGCUUUUGGCCCAAAUUGCAUAUUCAAAAACUGUCAAAAUAACUUUUUUUUUAUAUAUAACUUUGUUCAUUGCGAUGAAAAAAUGGUACAAUACUGUAUGAUAUAUUCAGUAACAUAUUAUGUAUAUAAAAAGACAAAAGAAAAGAAAAUGUAUAAGUACAUAGUGAUAGUUGAAAAAAACAACAUACAAUAAAAAAAAACAGUUACCUAAAAUAAAAGUUAAAGACAACAUAAGAAUAUAAUAGGCAAUUGAAUAUGUAUUUGUAAAGAAUAGAAAAGACGCAGGGCAGCGAGCAUGGCUACUUCUGACUUUGUGUUUUUUUAUGGAACGGUGGGUAAUUGGAUUUUCUCUUUAAUAUGGUUAAGAAAGGGAUUCCGUACUUUAUGAAAAGCCUUUGUGGAGCCCCUUUAUGAGUAUCUUGUUUUCUCUAACUUAAAAAAAGUACAAAAGUAGGUCUUUGAUCCAGUGACUAAAGGUAGUUGGGUGAGCAUUUUCUCUUUCGGAGAUUGUUUUAAAGCUGAGACACCAAAAUUCUUGAUGCUUUGCACAGGACCAGAACAUAUGGGCACGAGUAGUGGGGGAUGAGUUGCAGAGAAUACCUGAGGGACUGACGUCUGGGAAGUAUUUAGAUGUGUUCUGUUUAGUCCUGUGGGUGUGCUGCAGAGUUGCCUGGCACAGAUUGAGGAGGUAUGAACUGGUGAUGGGAUCCAGCCUUGAAGACAGAGCUCUAACCCAUUGGAGGGAGAUGCUGAAUUCAGUGUUUCUGUAAUACAAACACAGAGAUAUACAAACUUGCAUGUGGCCUUAAAUUGAAUCACUUACCUGUAAAUUUAGUUUGUAGCUAUUUCAUUCACACACAAAGAGUGAUAAACAACAUACAAUCACCUCCUUCUGUCCAAGCUGUGCAUUUUUAUGUUAUUAUAGAUCUGUUAUAGAGGUUAUUAUUUUUCUCUUCCAUCAGGCAACUAUUGAAUAUUUUGAUGUCUCAAUUACCUGUGCAAAGCUUAAUAGUGACAAUAAGCAUUUUACACAUGAAGUCACAGUCAGGCCACAAAUCUGGAUACAAUUCCAAAUGUAAUAAUCUUAAAUAAAUGAAAACAAUCUAAAAACAAUUACAUGGUAAAAUAUUUGCUGAAAAUGUGCAAGUUGAUAGAUUACAGUUGCAUCCCAGGCUGGUUUGGGGCAUUUUCACUUGCUCCUUUCAGAAUUUCAGCUAAGAAAAUAUGCAAGAAAUCCCUGCAUGAAAUUUGGAACUCCAACAAAUUCUGACUUAUUUUACUUCAACGCAAAUCAGGAUCUCUUGUCAUUAUUAUAAUUUUUUUGUUUCUGUUCGAGAUUGCUCCUCAGUGUGUGUCAGCUUUACUGUGUUAUCUUUUUUCCACUUGUGCAAUUCCACUCAUGGCUAUUAAAUGUAUGAACAUGUCAGGCUUUGAGGAAUUAAGACAAACAGCUACGUAUAUUGUAGAGACCAUAAGUUAGUUUAACGUGCACUAUGUGAGGCUGUUGUGAGGCUCAGCGCAGAAACGAUAAUGCAAAUCUGUGAAAAACUUCAAAACGAAGGCAUGCCGACAUUGUUUGUAUAAAUUAAAUCAUAUACAGUGCAUGCAUGGGUUUUAUAGGCCCAUAUCAGCAACGUGACUUAAACCCAACCUAAACCCAAAACCUUCAAAUGAACAUUGACAGAAAAAUUCAAAAUUAGAAAAAUAUUGGGUCACAGCUCGUAAAAAAGUUAAGUGAGGUGUGUGUGGCUAUUUAGAUUUAGAUUUAGACUUUUUAGUAGACACACUGUACAUAUAAAAAACUCACAGUAGUCAAAUCUGCCUGGAGCCAGAAUUAUGCCCAAAAUACUUCUCCAGAUGUAAGGUGGCAUGAAAAACACAGAUGUUAAAGUCAGUUAUGUUCAGCCACCGGAUCAACUGAAGGCCAUCUGUAAUUGACCUGUCCUAAGUCCCGCUCCUUUUUGGUACCUUGGCCAACUUCCUCCUUUCCAGUACUUACAAAUGCUACAUGCUAAUCUCAUCUAUGUUGAAAAGACAACCACAUUUUGAAGAUAGUUAUCAAAAUCUAAGUACAAGAAAAGGAGGAAGUUGGCUAAGGUACCAAAAAGGGGCGGGACUUUGGAA